AUGGUAGAGGAUUCUUCAGAUGAAAAAGACUUUUCUUUAAUAUCAGUUAAUUAUGAUGCAUGUGAGGAAAUUUCUAAAUUUGUUAAAAAGAGAAAUCUUAUAGGUUUUCCUAUUCAUGGUAAUGUGAUGGAUGAUGAAUAUAAAAAUAAGAAACAUAAUAAAAAACUUAAAAAUGUAUCAUUUAAAGAAGGAAUAUCAGAUAUUAAAAAGAAAAAGGAAGAAAUAGAUAAGAAAUUGAAUAAGAUUGAUCAUAUAAAUAUAAAUAUGAAUGAAAGAAAAAAAAGCGAUACAAUAUUAACAAAAAAAAAUUCCAUUUUUAAUGAAUUGAGAUAUAAUGAAUUUACAUAUUCAUUAAAACAACAACGCCUUAAAAAAUUUAAUAGAUUUCAUUAUGUAUAUACAUGGAAAGCAUGUUUAGUUAUUUUAUUAAUAUUAUCAUUUAUAUUUGUAUUAAUAGGUUUUUAUAUUUAUUAUGAAUCAAGUAAUGUCACUGAAUAUAAUAUUGAUUACGAUUUAGGUGAUGAAUUUAAAAUUUUUGGAAUUAAAAAAGAUAUGAAAAAGCCAGUUUAUGUAUAUUAUAGAAUAUCUAAUUUUUAUGUUAAUUAUAAAAACUUUCUAUCAGAUGAAUCUCAUUCCCUUCUUAGAGAAUGUAAAUGUAAAUAUAUAAAAACAUUAGAAGACUUAUAUAAUUUCAGAUGUAUAAAUAAUAUUCAAACUCUCCCGGAGAUAAAUAUUUAUAUAGAUAAAAAGGAUAAAAUAGAAAAUGAUGAAAAGAAAAAUAAAAAAUGUGAUGCUAAUUUAAGUGAUGAAGAGAAAAAACAAAUAAUAUUUCCAUGUGGUUUGGUAGCAGCAUCUAUUUUUAAUGAUCAAGUUGAUUUAUCUUUAAAUUCGAAUAAAUUUCAUAUUGAUAAAUUAGCUGUUCUUGAUCAUUAUGAUUUCUUUGCAUAUAUUAAAAAACAUAGCAAUUUUUCUAAUUAUAAGGUAUGGAUAAAUAGUUUUUCUCCAGAAUAUAAAAACUGGACUCAUUCGCCAUUGACUUCAUCAUUUAUAAAACCUUAUGGUGUCAUUAAUGAAGAUUUAAAAGCUGGAUAUAAUUAUAAAUUAACAUUCACUCAAAACACUUGGCCAUCUAAAGAAUGGAAUGCUAAGAAAUCUUUUCAGCUAGUUUCAUUAAGAAUAAUUGGGAACAGUACUUUUGAAUUAGCUUACUCUUUUCUUUUAAUUUCUUUAAUUUACAUAAUAAUAAUUAUUAUUAUAUUAAUUAUGGUAAAAUAUGAUUAUUAUAAACUAGGUAAAACAUUUUCAUAUUGCAAUAUGUCAAUGAAUAAAAACUCUAAUAAAAUUAUUUAUCAAAAAGAAUCUAACAUCAUGAAUAUAAGUAAAAAGGGAGAUAUAAAACAGUUAGAAUUAAACAAAAAUGAUUCAAUUAAUAAUAAAUUUAUGGCAUCCAAUAAUAUACAAAAGUUUUGUUUUUGCCCAUUACAUUAA